ACAAUCGCAGCCAUUAGGGGUAACACUACACCAGCACUGAAUUGCUCUCCGAAGACAAAUCAGUAGAACGCUGGACAUCGAGCACUUCAUAUUUUUAUCAUCUAUAGCACUUGUUCCCUUGGCAAUGAAGUACACUAUACCGUUGUCAGUGGACGGUGGAGCCCGAAGAGGAAGAACAGCACUUGGCGUUGGAGUUCCGAGCUGUUAGCGCUCGCUAGCUGUCGACGCUAACAUGGCCAACACGGAGAACGGCCGUCGUCCCGUGGACACGAGAAGCAUCCGGACCAUCAGUAGCAGCCAAAUCGACGACGGAAGUUCGCUGGGUUCCGACUCCGAGGUCAACGGCUUCACCAGCGACAAUCAAACUGACAAAUAUGGAUUUAUUGGUGGAGCGCAGCAGUACACGGAGGCGUCAGCUCAGGAUGUGCCUACAGCAGUGCUGCGGCAAAGGGAGGUGAAGUGGUUGGAUAUGCUCAAUCACUGGGACAAGUGGAUGAUCAAGAGAUUCAAUAAGGUGAGGCUGCGAUGCCAGAAAGGAAUUCCUCCUUCGUUGCGAGGCCGCGCGUGGCUCUACCUCUCGGGGGGAAAGGGCAAGAAAGAGCAGAACCAAGGGAAAUUUCAGGAGUUGGACAGUCAGCCAGGUGACCCCAAAUGGAGCGACGUAAUUGAAAAAGACCUCCAUCGACAGUUUCCAUUCCACGAGAUGUUUGUGUCGCGGGGAGGACACGGGCAGAAGGAUCUCUUCCGCGUUCUGAAGGCCUACACACUGUACAGACCAGACGAGGGGUACUGCCAGGCGCAGGCUCCCAUAGCUGCUGUGUUACUCAUGCACAUGCCUGCUGAGGAUGCCUUCUGGGGGCUGGUGCAAAUUUGUGAGAAGUAUCUUCCUGGCUACUACAGCCCAGGCCUGGAAGCGAUCCAGUUAGAUGGAGAGAUCCUUUUUGCUCUGCUGCGCCGCAUCUCUCCUCUAGCUUUCCGCCAUUUGGAGAAGCACAAGAUCGACCCCAUCCUCUACAUGACUGAAUGGUUUAUGUGUGCCUUCUCCAGAACGCUGCCAUGGGCCUCUGUGUUGCGUGUCUGGGACAUGUUCCUCUGUGACGGUGUGAAAAUAAUCUUCCGAGUUGGCUUGGUGCUGCUGAAGUGCAUGCUGGGUAGCCGCGAGAAGUUGAAGGCCUGCCAGGGCCAGUACGAAACCAUGGAGCUUCUCCGAACAGUGGAGCCACGAUACAUGCAGGAGGGGUUCCUCGUCCGAGAGAUCCUGGAAGUGCCAAUAACAGCGCGAGACGUGGAAAGGGAACAUCACACCCAGCUGAAGCGCUGGAGGAAGAACCGCGGCGAGCUCAAUUUCAAAUCCCCACCGAGGAUGCACGGCGCCCGACUCAUCAUGCUGGCCGACCCCCCGAGGCGCCAGGACCUCCAGCAGCACCCCACCAUUUUGCUGGAGGAGGCGGAGCUCGGCCCGCUGCUGAAGAAGGGCAAGGAGCACAAGAGCAAAAAGAAAACCCUGAAGAAGUCCCAGGUCCACGAGGAGAUUCCAAACCCUUACCCUCUUCCCAACGCGACGCCGCCCCCACCCUCGUAUCCGCCAGCCCCGCCUCCAGUGCAAAGCGAGUCCCCGGAGACUGAAAGCGACCCGCUUGCCCAGGACGGCGUUCCCCCUGCCGAGCUGCAGCGAUCCACGCACAGCCUCAGUAGCACGGACCAGGAUACGUACCUGUAAUUGGGAUGCACCAGCACUCUGCAGCCAGCAACCACACAUGGAUGAGUUUGUUGGACUGUCACCUCACCUUCAGACACCAUUUUGGCCUCUGGUGGUCUACAACUGCCUUCCUGCGCUCCCCUCCAAAUAUCACCGCCCAUUUCCUGGGAAAACGUCGUCACUUUCGAUGUGUAGAAACAAAAAUUGCCAAAGUUCAUGUUUGUUUUGUUGGUUGUUCUCUCAGAUUCAACACUACAGUGAUACAGUUUUGAUGCAAUCCAUUCAAAGUCUUUAAUACAGAGAUUUAGUUUUUUUCUUGUAUUAUCUUUUUUCAACUUUAUUUUUGGAGUGGAGUGGGCAGCUCUUUCUAUCAGAUGGUUUUAUCCAGCAGUGAGUCAGCUGCCAUUCUUCUUACAUUCCUUGUUUGGGUCGCUAAUCACCGCCGCAAGGUCGAUUGGGAGACAAUCUUUGUUUGUUUUUUUUAUGUUUUCAAUAUGCACAUUGAACACUUAAGCCUUUUUAGAGUCUUACAUUCAAAUCUCCUUGACAUCUUUUCCUCAGUUAUUUAUUUUCUACUCUUUGUCUCAAAAGCCUCGCUGGUGCACAAACGGUUGCCUUAUUUUAUUUUAUUUUUUGUUCUUUUUUGAAUUUUUAUAACGUGGAUGACUUAACCCACAGUCACUGUGCCACUUUCUGCAGUUUCCGAGCAGCAGAAACGGACUCUCCUUGUGGCAGCGGCCACAAGAACGCGGCACCAACAUUCCUGCCGUCUCGAGCGCUAAUCAGCCUUAACGCGCUCGUCUGCCAAACGCUAAUCAGUAUAACUAAUGACCGUGCAUGUGCUUUCUUUCAAAACUUGCCAAUUGCGUAAUGGUGCUGACCUUUUUGGGAUUGUUUGGAUAUCACCCACCUGUUCUUCGGAUUGAUCUCUUUGUACAGGACGGAUUUCAAGCCUUUUCGUUGUAGGCUUCUUUGGCCUGGGAGGUGUAAAAGUGAAGAAUUCCUCGUGGUGCUUUAUCAAAGCAGCAAGAAACGUCAAACGUCUUUCCAAUUUUCCGUAGGUGGAGUCACUUCUAUGAGGUGCCUCCUUUUUUUUUUUUUUUUAACUUGUCAUGAAUUGUACGGAUCUGACACAAUGUAUUAUUAUGAAAUAUUUUGAUGUGGAAUGGAUUAGUAGCAAUUGGAAAUGUGCUAACACUAAAGGAAAAACCUGUCCGUAAAUUGUGAGGGAAAUUGUGCUAUACAUAAAAAAUGUAAAAUUUCUGAAUAUUUGAUGCCACAUCCUUAGGUGGCUUAUGAAAAAUGUUUAAUCCAAACCAAAAGGCACUUUGCAACAUAUUGUUUUCAAAUAAAAUAUUUUCAAUUUUGUUCCAUUUGAAAGAA